CCAAGUAUUGCCGAGUGCCACUUGUCUCCCAAUCAGGAUGAAUUAGGAAUAACGAUCUCCGACAAUUAAAAUAAUAUCGGCUCCGAUCUUUUUGCAAUAAGUAUAACUGUUCACUUACAAACAAUUACAUUAUCUGGUCAAUAGUGGGUUGGAUAAUUCACAUUAAAUUCACAUGAUCAUUUAUCAGGCUGUGCAGACUAAUCGUAAACUGAUCGAGCAUCUUUAGUGGUGUCAAAAAAUAAUCAGGACAAUGCAAUGGAGGGAAGCUGCAAUGAUCCUUAUGAACAGCAACUUCUAGCUGUGUUUGAAAGUUGUCAGAUAGAAGGAGAGUCUGGUCUGGAUGAAAAUGGCUUACGUUCAUUGUGUGACAAGUUACAGCUCGAAGAGAGGGGGAAAGAGUUGAUAUCUUGUCUUCUCGAAGAAACUCCUAGUAGAAAAUCCGUUUCCUUUUAUGAAUUUCGAGAUGGCCUUUUAGCUUUAUUAGGAAACGCUCAAGAUGGAAUUUCAAACUACUCAGAUAAGGAAUUUCCUAAUGAGUCAUUGCAAAGUAUGAAUUCAACCCGACUAAGUACUAAAAAGUAUGGCCGUCGAUCAAAACCUAAGGACCAGAAUACAGAUUUAGUCGACUUUCAACAUUUAGAUGGUGCGAGGAAUGAAAUAUGGAAGGGCAUUGAUGGUAUCCUGAAUCAAGAUUUUAAAAUAGUUGAUCCAAAACUCCGGGAUAUUUUUGCUACAAUUACUUCAAGCUCAGAUCGAUCAGAGUUACCUAUUUUAUCUCAAUACAUUGGUAUGCCAAUGCUUCCUAAACAGACACUUGAACAAAUUUUUGACAAACUCGAUAUGGAUCACGACGGAAGAAUAAACCUGGAAGAAUUUCUCUUGAUAUUCAAAAGUGGUAAAGUCUUGCAGGAUCAAUUAGCUCCAGGAUGGACGGCUGGUUCUCGUAUUGAUAUUAUAAAACAGGAUUCUGAGAAAGAGAGUAUCCACAUACGUGGCCCACACCAUACAGGCUAUGCCCGGAGCAGCAUGGUUGUGGAUAUGUGGGAAGUUGCAGGGGUUCCAGAUGCGGCUACACUUUUGUCUGACCUAGGUUUUACCAGUCCAGAUGUUAGUCUCACGGAAUUGACGAAUAUCCUCUGUGAAGAGCUAAAAAGUCUACGAGAUGAAUCCGAUAAUAGGGUCAUGGGAACCCACAUCAGCCUGUUGAAAGCAGCGCUUGUACUAUAUCAAGAAGAGGUCAGAAGUCUCAACACUUUAGUGGAGCAUUUGAGUGGCGAAAGAGACAAGUUACGAGCUGAUAUUGCAGAAGCUAACCAAAGAGCUAGUUUGUUAGCGCAAGAAGUUGACGAACAUCAUAUGUGCUUGGAGAAGUCCAGCCAAAAUCAGAUGAAACAACUCGAAUUGAAAAAUGCUGAAAUUGUAAAAGACCUAACAAAUCAGCUUAAUUCUGAACGCGAAUCAAAUGUAGCUACUUUAAAGUUGAUGGACCAAAGGUUGCAAACCCUUCAACAAGAGGAUAAUCGAAUCCGAACUGAACUAGAUAAUGUGCUGUCGGAAAACCAUAUUCUUGAAACUGAAAACCAAAACUUAUCGGAACAUGUUUCCAAACUAAGGUUGUCCAAUAAUCAGCUGCAGAUGCAAGUACAAACGUUAGCUGCGGAACACGAUGAGGUUGAACAUGUUGAAGCAAAAGAAAAUGAGGUCGUGGUGUCUCUGUUGGAUCGGAUAAAAAGGCUUCAAACUGAUAAUGCUUUAUUGCGAGAUCAAAAUGAUGAACUUACGUCUGAGCUGGAGCUCCUGAAUAAUGGGGAAUUCGACUCAAAAAACUCUGGGAGGAACACUUCUGCCGAGUCGGAAAUUUUGGCUGCUAGAGUAGCAGAGUUAGAAGAACUUUUACGGUCGAAGAAACUAUCCAAUGAAAAUGUUCUAAUUUGUUCCAAUAAUUCUAAUGGAAAUAUUGAAUCGCAGGAGCAAGAGUUAUCUGAACUGAAAGUCGUACUCGAAAAAGUGACAAAAGAACUACUAAGCAUAGUGACAGAAAAGAACAAUGAUGGCACAUUUGACAGUAGUGGCUUGAAAGAGAAAAUAUUAGAAAUAAUACAUGGAGUGGAUACAAGUGUAUCAGUGUACUCCAGUUCUGGAGAAACAGAUAUUAUGAGAAGUUUAGCAAAUGAACUCGAAGCCGAAAGUGAACAGCAAACAAGUGAAUCACGCCGAGAUUUUGUGAAAAAUAAAUCUGAUAAAGGAAAAUUUGAUAAAAAAGCAGCAGGAAGUGACGGUAUAGUGCAAAAUAUUGAUAAGAAUUUCAAUAAUCUAGAUACUAAAAGUGUCUCAAAAAAUAAAAUGACAAGUCUUCGUGACUAUCCACCUCGGCGGGAUGAGAACAAUGCGGAUCAAUCUAAAAUAGAAAGAGAAAAGAGCAAUGUCUUUUAUAAUGUUAGACAAUCACCCAGUAGUGAUAAAUCUAAAGUGAAUAAAUGUGAAAAUCUCAAAGAUGGUAAAGAUUUUGAUAAAAUUACGGAAAUUCUUCAAGAGGUGGAAGAAAAACAUUUAACCGAGAAGAGACAGCUUAUGGAACGUACUAUCGAAUUGGAAAGAAGUUUAGAUUUGCUCCGAACCGAGUAUGAACAAUGCGAAGACUAUUGGGCAGGCAAACUUGAGGAAGAACGGCAAUUAUUUGAACAAGAACAGAGAAUCAGUGAUGAGAAGUUUUCCGAACUUAUUGCUAAAAUGGCUGAAUAUGAGGAGCAAUUUGGUCCAGGGGAUAAAGAUCAAAAUGACGGUCGACUAUCUCCCAUAGAAGAACGAUUCAACCUUGAGCAACAGUAUACACAUCUAGAGGCAGAAUUCAAUGAUUGGAAAUCCCAAGCAGAAGAUGAAUUAUUGAGAAAAGAGAAAGAGAUUCAUGAUUUGCGUGAAAAGUUACAAAAUAGCAAGCACCUUUUGACCUGUGAUAGUUUUGUACAGUGUCCGGACGAAUCUGAUAUACCUGUUACUACUACUUCGGUCAAUUUAAUUUCAUCUGUAACAUCUAGUCCAACUGAAGUGGUUGUUUCUCCACAAACUCUAAAUUAUUCUUCCCCAUCCAUACAGUCUCAUAAUAAUGGUUUACACGAGUCUGACGCCCCUACGCUAAAUGAAUCACUUAGGCUGCAGAAUAUUCCAGAGUCCGAAAGUACGAAUUCUGAAGCAGGACCACGUGCAACAAGAAUGUCAUCUUGCUUGCACGGUUGCAACUGUCAUCAAAUACAGUCCUACUCCGUUGCUGAAGAUUUAUGUCGGGCCCAUAGAGAAGAGUUGAGACGGUUGCAUCAAUUGAAAAUGACUAUCGAUACAGAUUGCAAUUCCCUGAUGAGACGAAAAGAAUUACUUAUGCAAGAGGUAUUGAAACUUCAAAAUAUUCGAGCUAUGAGCUGUUCGUGUGCUCAGAUGGAUGGUGGAGAACAAGCUUGUCGCAUCGAUCUAAAUGUACUACAAGCACUGAAUACACGAUUACAAUCCCAAGAGCAAAAGUGUCGUCAGUUCCAAAUAUUGCUCAAACAACAGCAACAGCAUACGGAGAGAAUUUUGCAUCAAACUUGGAAACAGCAUCGGAAUGAAAUUACAGAUUUGCAAUUCGUACUGCGUGGUACGCAAGAGAAACUACAACAACAAUUGCAAGCAUAUAAAGAACAGGCUGAAAGACUAGCAAGAGCUGAUGUGCUUGCUAAAGAUUUAUACUUAGAGAACACAUACUUGAUGGCCAGUAUUGAACGCCUUGAACAGCACUGUCACAUGUUAACGCAGUGUAGUACCAAGUCAACGUCAGUAUGACCCUUAAGUGUACAACAAGUACAUGUACUACUGUGACAAAGAAGUCUCUCACCUUUUGGUUAGACAUGUUCUUUAAUGACAUUAGCAAUAAUUCUAUGAGAACACUAAUGGAAACUCAGGAAUUAAUUAGGCCAGAGAAAUCAGUCUCCAACUUGCCAAAAGUAACCCCUUGACACUUUUUGACUUCAGCUCCAGAUCUAGCAAUGCAAAACUUGUUCAGUGGUUAUUACAUAGGUAUUGUACCUACGAAGCGGAGGUAGAUCUCUCAGGAAACUUUAGUGAAUAGAUACUAUAAGUAGUAGUUGAAGCAAUUAAGCACACAGAUAAAUAAUAAUGAAGUUCUGGUAUUUUACAAUAGUCAUAUACCUUAUGAUCCCAGCAAUGAUUCUCGGACCUGUUGAGUUUUGAAAAUGUAGGUGAGGACCAAAGAUAACAAAAGAGUGCCGUUUGACCCGCUGGAUUCUUUUGCGGGAUGCUAUGUUGGACAAAAUCAUAAUAAGGGUUUAUAAAAACUUGGCAAUUGCUUAUUACCAUGCUGUGUUUGCUAGAAUGUAAUCAAUAAUCAUGGACUAUGAAAUCAUCGAUAGAUAUUUUUAUAAUGCAAAUGAUGUAUAGUGUACACCACCAAAUCUUCAUACGUUGAUAACUUUUGUAUUGCAAUCAGUAAUUAUUAAUGGUUAUAAUUGUUCGGAAUAUCGCUGAAAAAAAGACAAACCAAAGGCUUACCAAUAUCUAGGAAGGAAGUUUUACUUUAAUUAGAAACAAUUAGUAGGAGUCGAUAAACAUAAAUCAUAGUAUACAAUUAAUUUAAACAGCAGAUAUGGAAUAGAUUUAUAUUGAACACAUAUUUCAGCCAUUGUCUUACAAAAACUGUUAAAAUGACAUUUGUUUUUUUUUACAAUUAAUUUUCUCUUUCAACAGCGAAAAAGAAAAUGUGUGAGUAUCAAUUGGCAGGAUGGUAUUUUCUAUUGAAUAUGAACUUUUGUUAAAUUAAGCCAUGAAAUACUUUCACGUUGAAAUUCUAUUCAUUUAAAGAUUCGCAGAUUAGUUUUAAGAAUACCUGGUAUAGUUUUCACCUCAGUAUUCAAAUACUCGUUUACCAUGCAGAUUUACUAUAAAAUUAGUAUGUUUAUUUCACUGGAAAAAUAAUUGUUGUUGAUUAAAUUUCAGGUGUGAUUGAGAUUAGUUGGGGUAUAAAUUCAUUGACUCUUUAGUUCUGAACGCGCUAUAUACAGCAGAUUAGUUUGGGCAUAAAUUCAUUGACUCUAGUUCUGACCAUGCUAUGCACAACACGUUAUUGUAAAAAUCUCACAACACGCAGAGCGAAUAAAAAGGAAACUGUUAGAUUAAAAGUAUGGAGGUAUGAUGUAAAUUGGCAUUAAGAGUGGCCAAUUACAUUUUCGGAUGAAAGAAGAGUUUCCAGUCAAGAUUAUUAAGACUUUAAAAACAAUCUAGUUUAGAUCCAUUUUGAUUAUUAUAAUACUUUAUUUCAUAGUUACUCAUCAUGCAAAUAUUGUAAAUAUGUAUAAAAAUACGACUUUACUAUAAAUCUUACAUGAACAGGGAAUAUUCCUAUGAAUCGCUUUGCACCGAAAAAAAGUUCGUGCAAAUUAAAAGUACCUAUAGAUUGUUAUGGUUAACACUCUUCUAUUGAACGUGUUAAUCAAUUUUAGUCGUGAAUAUGAUAAUUUGUUUACUAAUUACGUGUUCUGGUCGGUACAUCAAUCUCACCAACUUUAAUAAAAGUUGUAGAUAAUUUCAACCUACGAAAGUGCCACCGAAUGAAUAUUUGCACCAUUCAUAUGAUGCGAUUCUUGCCUUAAAUAGCAAUAUUUGUAUUUUGGUGAAUUAUUUCAUAUGAAAAUUCAAAUAACUGUUAUUAAUAUAAGGUUUAACGUCCAAUCAAAUUUAUCGUAUAAGAUAUUUGACUUGCACUUAUUUUUGUUUUUCUUUCUAUCAAUUUUCAAUAUUAGCUCUAAGCGUAUAAUGCGUACAAUUAUACAUUAUGUAUGUGAGUCAUGUCUCGUAUUGUACGCAAACUGCUCAUUUGAAGAAACAACUGUAACAUCGCAGAAGAGAGAAAAGCGAUCAUAAAUCAAACAAGACAUGGCAAUCUUUGAACGCUUCCGAUAUCAUGUGGCUGUAUUUCAAUUGGCGUCUCUCUCUGCUCUAACUAUCAUCUUCUCGCCAAUUAUUUCACAUUCCUAAAAAAAAAAACGAAGUAUUCAUUUUUAUUUUGAUCAUUGAUUUUUCACAUAGUAUCACGUUGGGAUGAGAAAACGUUUUCCAUCUGAAAAAUGAAUGAUAUACAAUGAAAUUUUUUUCCGAUUAUUCGGAUUGUACGAGAAUAUGAAUCAAUCAAAUCUCUACAAAGUUCAUUAAAUUGUGAUACACUCAACUCAUACAAAGCCAUGCGUAAUAUGCACUACGUUGAAGUUCCACGGAAUAAAAAUUUUAUGUUUAGAAAUCUUACUUUUGAUGAUACAGAACAUAAAUUUGAUAGGUUGUAAAACUAUGUAUUCUACAAGCAAAGUAAAACAUAAUAUUAUUGUCACUGCUGUAUGAAAGUAACAGUCAUCACGACUUAGACGAUCAAGCAAAAAAUUUCAACAGUAUUGCACUGAUCCUUCGAUCCAUAGUCUUUUUUGGCUACACAAGUUAGUCAAGUUAUUCCAUAUUUGUUCUGGAAGAUUGCUGGAGAUAUUUUUGCUAUGCUGCAGCAUCAAUGAUUGGUCAUGAAAACAAUUUGAAUGUGCUUAUCCGACAGCAUCAACCAGAAUUUUUGCUCUCUCCGAAAAAAUUAUUUUUCGAUCAUGUCCAUGAUUUUCCAGUGAUGUUAUCUUACUUAAUAAUUUAUAUUCCAAAUGCUACUUCUAAUUAGAGUAAAAAAGUAUAAGCCAUAAAGACUUGUAACAUUAGGUCACAAUGACACAUGUUGAGGCAUAUAACUAUGUAAAUAUUGAUAUCGCUAAAAAAACAAUACUAAUAGCCUAAGUCUCGAUUUAUCAACUCAAGAAUAUAGGUGAUACCUUAAUACAUAGAAUAUUCAAAAUAUGAACUGCUUAGCGUGACAUCGUUUUUCCGUUCCAUGUUUUCACCAGCUUUGUAACAUCAUUGCGUGGUGAUAUUGAUGUAUUAAAUAAUUAGAAAUGAAGUAAAAACAUUCCAGAGGGCAAAAUUAGCUGCGGUGCAGUGAGAUUUGUCAGCUGUGAUUUUAUGAGGUUUUCGGUUGUUUAACUAUACCUAACAUUUAUCUCCGUUGUGCCUUCAUUUUCAUGUGAUUAUAAUGUCUGUACAUUAUUAUCAAGUUUCUGUAAUUUUAUAACAUAUUUAUUAAGCUUACGUAUUAUUACGUGUAUUUGCCUCCCAAGUUAUAAUAAAAUAAAUGAAUGUACAGUUA